UUCAGUCAAAUGGAGACUCCGGAAAGUCUCGCACAUCCGCGACGAAACGCGGGCGGCGUUUGUUAAAAAAUGAACGAUGUUCACGCUGAGGAUAUGUUCACUCAUCACUGAGUUCACUUGACGCCUCGCGCAGACACCUGUCAGGUCGUUUUGAUCACCUUAACUGGCGGCCGGCAUGGCUCGUGAGCGGCUACACGAGAGACGCCCGGAUUGAAACGACUCAACUCCAGCGAGGCCGUGCUGAAGACUGGAGAGUGUGUAAGAAAUGAAGACAAAUAAUGACCUGCAGAUUAAAAACUAUGAUGAAUGGACACACCAGGACACAUAACCUCCUGUAGGUGAAGCCUGAACUUUUUUUUUUUUUUUUGAGAGAGAGAAUAAUUUCCCAGCUCCUCUUUCUACAUGCCUGCUCUGACUCUAUGUCAGUAUGUCACUAUCAGACUGCAAAUAUGAGAACAACACCCAAAGGGACCACAGUUGCAGCCUCCAUGGCCUGCCGAUGCCUGAGAGCUAUGAGCAAAGGCCUGUCAGGACGUUUUUUCAUUUCAGGCCCUCAAAUGCCCCUGAAAAUCUGGAUGUCAAGUGGGUUCCCCUGUUGCCGCUGGCUAACCUGCGGAGCAUCUCCAAAGUCAGACUGGUCAGUUUCCUCCUGGGGUUGACAAUGACGUUUCUCGUCAUGGCUUCUUACAUCCUGUCGUGGGACAAGAAAAGUCUUUUGUUCACCCCCGCACCCUAUCAGCUCAGACCUGUGGUCGUCUCAACAAGCACAGCAGCAGCUGAAGUUUCCUCAGAAAAGAAUUUAAUGGACAUGAAACUGCUGGCGAAGAUCAUUGGCUCCAAACUGGAAUACACACCCAGGAAGGUGCCUGACGAAAAGGACGUCGUUGAAACUGACUCCCAUUUGUUUUCUGUAAUUCCUCGCCAUUUCCUGCCCAGCAUCAAGAGCCCUUGCUGGUAUGAGGAGUUCUCCGGUGAACUCAACACUGAUCCGUACAAGAGGAACCUCUUUACUCUGCGCUCAAAGAGCUUCAAGACUGUGUGUGACCACCUGAGGACCGACUUCCACCAGCAUUUAUACCACAGAGAUGGCAAGCAGUUUCGCCUGCGCUGCUUGCCGUACUUCUACAUUAUCGGCCAACCAAAGUGUGGCACAACAGACUUGUUUCACAGAUUGCUGCUGCACCCAGAGGUCAAGUUCAACACCAUGAAGGAGCCACACUGGUGGACCAGGAAACGCUUUGGUUAUAUCCGUUUCAAAGAUGGCUUCCAGGAAAGUUUUCCUGUUGAAGACUACCUGGAUCUGUUUGACUUGGCAGCCCACAACAUCCAAGCAAGAAUCAGUGGAAAUUCAUCUGGAGACCACAGCCAACUCCAGCUCAUUACAGGUGAAGCCAGUGCAUCCACUAUGUGGGACAACCAAGCCUGGAGCUACCUCCACGAUGGCAGGGAGGAUACAGGGCCCCCGUUCCUGGCCCAGGAUUUCAUCCAUGCCAUCCAGCCUAGUGCAAAAAUCAUCAUCAUGCUUAGAGAUCCAGUAGAGAGGCUUUACUCUGACUACCUGUAUUUUAAGAUGGCCAACAAGUCAGCAGAGGACUUCCAUGUGAAGGUCGUAGAGUCUGUGCAGCUGUUUCAGUCUUGCCUGUCUGAGAGUUCACUUCGUUCUUGCGCCUACAACACCAGCCUCUCCAACGCCAUGCCGGUGAGGCUAAAUUUGGGGAUGUACAUCGUCUUCUUACUGGACUGGCUGACAGUUUUCCAUAGGGAGCAGAUUCUAGUUCUGCGACUAGAAGACUAUGCAGCCAACCUCAAAGUGACAAUAAAGAAAGUCUUUGAUUUUCUGAGUCUAGGCCCUCUGUCGGAGAAGGUGGAGGCAGCACUGACCAAACGGCCCAUGUCUAACACCCGGCGGGUGGCAGACAGGAACCUGGGUCCUAUGCUUCCAGCCACCAGAAACCUCCUCAGGGAAUUUCACCAGCCCUUCAACUGUAAACUUGCCAGUAUGCUGGACAACAAGGCCUUUCUCUGGAGCAACACCUGAAAGGGACAUGAGCACGGACAAAAUGUGGAUGGAUGCGAAUUAACGACCAGAACCAGAAGCUAAAGUAGGAGUACCUUUUGAAAUGAGUUUGAAGUAUAAGAACUAGUUGUACUGUAUAUGGAAUUAUAUGAGGUGUAUGGGCUUUGUUUGUGAUAUUUAUUUGCUUUUGAAAGAAUGUGAGCAGCUCAUCAAAUCAAGAUGAUAAUAAAAGAAUCUGACUUUGUGUUUCAA